AUGAUUCAGUAUUACAAGAGAAGCUGUGCCUACAACAUGGCUUGUCGGCUCUCUCGAUUCUAUUUUAGUUUAGCCGUAACAUUUAUAUUUAUAGGAACUCAGGGAAAACAUGUGCAUAAAAGGAGUUUUCAGGAUAUUAAAUGCCAUGAAAAUGGAAGGUUUUACAGGAACCCCGAUCGAGAUGAGGACACUAUGUGGAAUGCUGAGGAGUGCUCAAAAUAUUACCUAUGCUUAGAAAAUGAAGUAUUCGAAUUUCGAUGCUCGAAGGGUCUCCUCUUUGAUGUCAACCGCCAACUCUGUGAUAUGUACCAGAAUGUACACAAUUGUGAUCUCACUACAGAAACCCUGGUGCCAAAACCCCUGUUAGAUUCAGCGAAAUGUGCCAACGAGACACACCUUGGCUGCUCAGAUGAAACCUGCAUACCUGCAGAAUACUUUUGUGAUGGAGCCAACGAUUGUUCUGAUUACUCAGAUGAGGGUUGGUGCGACGUAAAUUACGACCCGAACGCGGCACUGCCCUGCGACCCAGGAUUGUGUCAGCUACCUAACUGUUUCUGUACCAAAUAUGGCAACGCGACACCGGGAAAUCUAAUUCAAAGCCAAACACCCCAGAUGAUAACUCUGACGUUUGACGGACCCGUUAAUCACGAGAACUGGGAUAUUUACGCGAAGCAAAUUCUAACAUCGGAGCGCAAAAACCCUAAUGGAUGUCCCAUUAAGGCCACUUUCUUCAUAUCACAUCCAUACACCAACUAUCGUCACGUGCAAAAACUAUGGAAUGAUGAUCAUGAAAUCGCCGUUCAUUCGAUAACACACCGUGGUCCUGAAGAAUGGUGGUCAAAAAACGCAACUAUUGAGGACUGGUUUGACGAAAUGGUCGGCCAAGCUAACAUCAUCAACAAAUUUGGUAGAGUUUGGAUGGAGGAAUUCAGAGGAAUGCGCGUGCCGUAUCUGUCCGUCGGUUGGAACAGACAAUUCUUGAUGAUGCAAGAAUUUGGUUUCGUAUAUGACGCUACUGUUGUAGCACCGCUUGUGGACCCGCCAUUUUGGCCUUACACUUUGGAUCAUAAAAUGCCGCAUCAGUGUACGGGUAACAAUCAAUAUUGCCCGACGCGGAGUUACGCUGGUAUAUGGGAGAUGGUGAUAAAUCCACUUAAAAAUGGCGACCAUACCUGCGCUACCCUCGAGUACUGUCCCUCCACACUCAGUGGUGAAGACGUGUAUAAUGUACUGAUGGAGAAUUUCAAAAGACACUAUCUGAAGAACAGAGCACCGUUUGGUAUCCAUUUGAACUCGACGUGGCUAAAGAAUAACGAAUAUCUUUUGGCACUUAAAAAAUUCACUGACGAACUGCUCAGGCUACCGGACGUGUACUUUGUCACAUACCGUGAAGUAAUUGAUUGGAUGAAGCGACCAACACCCGUAUUGCAAUUAAAGAAAUUCCAACCAUGGCAAUGUAAAAACCGACGGUUCCAAGAGUCCGAAAUCGCUUGCAAUAAACCAAAUACAUGUAAACUACCCUCAAAAGUUCUAGAACAAGACAAAUAUAUGAUCACUUGUGUUGAUUGUCCCAAAAGCUAUCCCUGGAUACGAAAUGAAUUUGGCUUUGAAUAA